AUGAAUAUCUUACCGAAGAAGAAAUGGCAUGUACGAACGAAAGAGAACAUAGCCAGAGUGCGAAGGGAUGAAGCGAAAGCAGCAGAAGAGGAACGGCAAAGGCUUGAUAGGGCUAUUACAGCCGAAAAUGAAAGACGUCUGGAUGCGCUAAGAAAUCAUGCGGCAAAGAAAGUUGCCAAUUUGGAACCCUUCACAUUACGAGCUUCCGCCGAGGCGUCAAUUUCCACAACAACUGGUCAUGUUAAUCUUUUUCAGGAUCUCGAGGCUGCUGAACGCAACAAUUUUGGUCAAGGGAAUAAGGAGUAUGAAGAGGAAAAGCGCAAGGAGCAAGCGGAAUUCGAUUCUAAACUUGGCAUCCAGAAAUGCUUUGCUGAAGGCACAAAUGAGCUGAACAAAGUGCAAGAAUGGUAUGAAAAAGUUUCGAGACCAUGGGUAAAGGAUGAGCCAAAGGUGAAACCAAGUACACCAGUUACUUCCUCUCGUGCGCCAGAUGUAAAGCGCAAUGAGGACACAGUAAAGGAAAAAAGACAUCACAAAAGGCGACGGAGUAAAAGUAGCUCGAGUGAGGAGUCCAGCGAUUCUGACGAUAGAAAGAGAAAGAAGAAAAAGAAAAAAGAAAAGAAAAACAAGAAAAAGAAGCACAAACAUCACCACUCGUCAGACGAUGAAGUGGAAGUGGACAAUUGUGAACUGGAAAUCGAGAAACGCAACAAGCUGGCAGCGUUAAGGGAGGAACGGAUCCGACGAGAACGUGCUGAACGGCAGCGUGCUCAACAGUUACUCGAUCCAAAGAAGGCUACUGCACCACCAAAGCAAAAGUAUAAUUCGAUGUUUAAUCCAGAUCUAUGUAGAAAGUAA